AUGGCUUGUCUUGACAUUGAGAAAGCCUUCGACAAUGUGUGGCACGAUGGCCUCAUCCAUAAGCUGGUGCUAUACAACUUCCCCAACUACCUGGUGAAAAUUAUCCAGAGCUACUUACGGAAUCGUAGGAGUCAAGUUUGCGUCCUCGGCGAAUUGUCUGAUCCCUUCAAUGUGCCCGCAGGAGUGCCUCAGGGAAGCAUCCUAGGUCCAGUCCUUUAUAACCUGUUUACGUCGGACAUUCCAGAUCUACCCGGUGGAGGAGUAAUAUCUCUCUUUGCCGAUGAUACCGCCAUCCUGUAUGCUGGAAGGCAAAUCAAGCCCAUCGUUAAAAAACUGCAGGACGGAUUGAACUGUUUUGCAGAAUACCUUGCUAAAUGGAAAAUUCGUGUGAAUGCAGCGAAAACACAAACCAUUGUAUUCCCCCACCGGAAUAGCCAGCGUCUGGAACCUUCCACAUUGGUCCAGCUGAAUGGAGCAAGCAUCUCAUGGUCUACAGAUGUUCGCUACCUUGGGCUGACGUACGAUCGGAAACUGCUUUAUCGGCUGCACAUUGACCAGACUGUAGCUAGGAGCACCGUCCUACUGAAGAAGCUGUACCCCCUAAUAAACCGCAAGUCAAAACUGUCCGCCGUUAAUAAACUGGCGGUAUACAAACAAGUAGUCCGGCCAAUGCUGCUUUACGCCGCCCCAAUAUGGAGAGCGUGUGCCAAAACGCACCUGCUGAAGGUACAUCGAGUGCAGAACAAAUUCCUGAAGAUGAUCUUGAAUCUGCCACCCAGUACCAGAACAUCUGAGGUCCAACGCCUAGCUAGCAUAGAUAGCACCCUAGUGUUGCUAUGGCGACGGGGCACGAACGUACUGACGGCCUCGCAGCUAAUGGUUACCCGAGACGAACGGAUACGACUGGUCAACGGGUACAAUCUGGAAAUUUCUGAGCUAGAACCACAGGAUGCAGGCGACUACGUGUGUCAGAUCAGUGACAAGAUCAACAAAGACCAGGUGCACACCGUGGAAAUACUUGUUCCACCCAGUGUCCGGGCGAUACCACCUAGCGGGCAGCUGACAGCCCGAAAAGGUGGAGCAGUAACUCUAGAGUGCAAGGCAUCCGGCAAUCCGGUUCCAUCCAUUUACUGGACGAAGCGGAGUGGCGCUGGUAAGUCGGCGGCCAAAAUUGGCGAAGGACCAAUCCUGACCCUGGAGCGCGUGGAGCGGCAGCAGGCAGGAGUGUAUCAAUGUACGGCAGAUAAUAACGUUGGUGAUCCGGUCACGGUGGAUAUGCGACUCGAUGUGCUAUAUCCACCCGACAUCAGCGUGGACAAGUCCUGGAUCCACUCCGGCGAGGGCUUCGAGGCACAGCUCGAGUGCAUCGUUCAUGCCGAUCCGCAACCGACGGUUUCAUGGUAUCAAAACUCAUUUCCGAUUCAGCCGACCGACAGGCGGACCAUGUCAUCGAGAGGAAAUCGACACACGCUGACCAUCCGACACGUCCAGCAGGAAGACUUCGGCAACUAUAGCUGCGUUGCGGAUAACACCCUUGGUCGAUCGAAAAAAUACAUGGAAGUGUCAGGUCGUCCAGGACCAGCCGAGUUCGUGUCACCACCGUGGAGCCGCUCGCCCGACAGCUACAAUCUGACCUGGAAGGUGGAAAGCUAUCCGCCGCUGCUCGAGGUUCGUCUGCUUUAUCGGAAACUGAUGAUGAACGAAACAUUCCAACAACCUGGUCGAUGGCAUGAUGUCAUUUUGACACCUUCUCCACGACCAAUCUCGGAACCACUGACACACGUUAUGGCAUUUACUCUUCGCGGGUUGCUUCCCAGUUCGGUGUAUGAGUCCAUCGUACAAGCAAAGAAUCGCUAUGGAUGGAACGAGGUCAGCGACAUCUUCCAGUUUUACACACAGCGAAUAUCGUCCGACAUCCACUCGGAGGAAAUGCAAGUGGCCAGCUCCACCUCACGGAGUGGUGCCGCCACACUACAUCGGAUCCAGGCAGAAAGCAGUGUCAGCUGUCUGAUGAUGACGGCAACCGUCGUCUGCUGGCUGCUAGUGAGCUACAAUCUACAACGAAAUCUUUAA